ACGUCAGUCUUGAAUUUCUAUUUGGACUGAGACUUCAGAGAAAGUAAAUUAAAAGCCACCUUCUUCUCUUGUCCUCUCUUUGUACCCACCCACCACCAAUAAAAAAAGAGACUCUUUUUUUAUUUCACACUAUUUUAAAAAAUAUAUUUCUGUUACUCCGUAGAUUAUAAAUCAGUGAUUUUUUUUUUAUUUUAUUCAAAAACAAUUAUAUAACCCUUCAAGAUCUUUAUGUUUCACAGCUUUUUACCCUUUGGUUGAUAUUUUAAGAGAGUCUUAGAUAAAGACAUUGGUUUGUUAGAGUUUGUGUUGUUUUUGAAACUUUCUCUUGAUCUUUGAUCUUCACGGAUUGGUAUUUAGAUUUUGAGUUCGUUUUUUGAGAUUUUGAGAUAAACCCGUUAGACCCUUUUGGAUUUUGAGUCAAACGAUCAAAUUUUUACAUCAUGAUUUGCAGUGUCAAGCAAUCUGUUAUAACGCCAACAAUCAACGGAUCUGACACUAUUUUUCGCCGAAAAAACCCGUCGGCUAUACAAAGAUCUUUGAUUUUGCCUUCACUUAAUGGCAAUAAGAGUUCAAAACCAGUUCUUUCAAUUUCCAAGCCUUUGCAUGUGUCCAAGGUUGAGUCUUUUGCUUUGUCAAAGCCUCAAAAGAGGAGCUUGAUCGCAUGCAAUGCCUAUGAGGCUGAUCGAUCAGAGCCAAUUGAGGCACCUGAGGUGAAAUCAGAGGCUGCAAAAAAGGUUAAGAUUGGGAUUUACUUUGCUGUUUGGUGGGCUUUGAAUGUUGUGUUUAAUAUUUACAACAAGAAGGUUUUGAAUGCUUUUCCAUAUCCAUGGUUGACUUCUACACUCUCUCUCGCUUGUGGAUCUCUGAUGAUGUUUAUCUCAUGGGCUACCCGGAUUGCUGAGACACCAAAGACUGAUUUUGAGUUUUGGAAGACUUUAUUCCCUGUUGCUGUGGCACAUACAAUUGGGCAUGUAGCAGCAACUGUGAGCAUGUCGAAGGUUGCAGUUUCCUUUACCCAUAUCAUUAAGAGUGGUGAGCCUGCUUUCAGCGUAUUGGUAUCAAGGUUCCUAUUGGGUGAGACUUUCCCUUCAUCAGUUUACCUGUCCCUUGUUCCGAUCAUUGGUGGUUGUGCAUUAGCUGCUGUUACUGAGCUCAACUUCAACAUGAUUGGUUUUAUGGGGGCCAUGAUUUCCAACUUGGCUUUUGUUUUCCGCAACAUAUUUUCAAAGAAGGGCAUGAAGGGGAAGUCUGUUAGUGGGAUGAACUACUAUGCUUGUCUCUCUAUGUUGUCACUCUUGAUUCUCACACCUUUUGCUAUAGCUGUGGAGGGACCACAGAUGUGGGCUGCAGGUUGGCAGACAGCCCUCUCUGAAAUUGGACCGAAUUUUGUAUGGUGGAUUGCAGCACAAAGUGUAUUCUAUCAUCUUUACAAUCAAGUGUCAUACAUGUCCCUAGAUGAGAUCUCUCCCUUGACCUUUAGCAUUGGAAAUACUAUGAAGCGUAUAUCUGUCAUAGUCUCAUCCAUUAUCAUUUUCCACACACCCGUCCAGCCUGUCAAUGCUCUUGGAGCGGCCAUCGCUGUCCUUGGAACCUUCUUGUAUUCCCAGGCUAAGCAGUGAUUGCACCAGACUUGGCAAUUUUAAUACUCCUCAUGUAAUAUAUGAUGAGAGAACAAGCAUGCGGACAGCCGGAGACCUUCAGAUUAGGGUAGUGGUGUGCCAAUAACUAUCCGCUGGUUGAUAAUAAAAAACAAAUGAUGGAAGUCAUUAUAUAUUUAGUAGUUUUAGUUCUGUAUAUUUUUCAAGAAUAAUUGGCAGUACAUGGAAAUUGGAAUGAGUGAAGAAUUUUGUUUAUGAAA